AUGACUGUUUGGUGGGCAGUCAAAAAUGAAGAACUUUACGCCGUUGCCAUAUACAAUUACGUGGGUAAGUCCGGAUCCCCACAUCUCUCCCUGGAGGUCGGCGAGUUGGUGCACAUUGAGCGAGAGACAGACGAGUGGUACUGGGGCAGGAGUCUCAGGCGGGACGCAAGCGGUGCCUUCCCGAAGAACUAUGUCGUCAUCAGAGACUGCAUUGUAGACAGAUGUGGUGAGACGGUCGUGGCGUCGGCUGGUGGUGGUGGAGUGGUACACGAUAUUGCUAUCACCCUCAGAGAAUGGCUGCAGCAUUGGAAAAAGUUGUAUAUUACCAACAAUGAGCGUCUUAGGUUUAUGGAGGUGAGCAUGCGAGCUCUCCUCGAACUAAGAGCUCAACUUGCCUCUGGGGCUCUACCAAAAGAUCAGUUGCGAAGAGUCGCUAGAACUGCCGUUUUCACCAUUGAUAAAGGCAAUAGAUCCUUAGGCAUGGAGUUGGCAGUGCGAACGGCGAACGGUCAUCUGGUGGACCCGUUUCAAGUGUCUACGUACAAACUGAACUCGUUGCAUGAUGAGGCCAAUACUCGUAUUGAAAAAAAUAUGGACACAACGCCCGUCACUCCCCCACCCACAACCCCUCCGGGGGCCCGAACGUACACUAUAGCAGUUCGCGUUCACAACUUCGUAUGUCGCAUGUCUGAGCCAGCGGAGUUAGCGCUCGCUUUGUACGAUGCGAGCGGGAACAAGCUCACUGAGCAUUUGUUGCUUGUAUGGCCUGCUUCCAACCCGCUCAGUACUGUUAAUCCCGCUAGCCCAAUGCUUGUAGUUUUUACUGACUUCGGCUCCGAUAUAUUGAAGAGUGAAAAGAUAUAUCUUGUGUGUAAUAUAGUUCGAUUAGGAUCAAUGGAGGCACAAAAUGUAGACCACAGACGCAGUUCAGUCGCCCAAACACCACCGGUAGUGUCAUCUGGUCGGCAAAUGAGAAGGCCGUUCGGGGUGGCCUGUGCGGACAUCAAGCGGUACGUGGCUACGGAUAACUCGGACAAACAUAUACAAGUGCCUUUUUAUGCAUAUGAGAAAGAAAAUCUCGACAGUUUGUUAAAGAAAGUGAUAACUAAUAGAGAUAUUAAGGAUGCAAAACAUUCACAAGGAUUGUUCGUGUCGGUUCGGCUCGUGGAAGGUGAUUUAAAACAAAUUCGCGAAGAAAAUCCUCACCUGGUAGUGGGAAACACAGCAGUUGCACGCAAAAUGGGAUUCCCCGAGGUAAUCCUACCCGGAGAUGCUCGGAACGAUCUUUACGUCACGGUCUGUGGGGGAUCUUUCUCUAAGGGCGGGGGGAAAUCAUCAGAGAGAAACAUCGAGUUAAUUGCGAGAGUCGUCGAUAAAGAUGGACAGGCUAUAAAGGGCGUCAUAUCGAUAGGAGCCGGCGUGCCUUUGGUAGACGAGUAUGUAUCCGUGGUAUAUUACCACGACGACAGACCACGGUGGCAAGAAGUCUUUAAGGUAUGCCUUAACAUCGAAGCAUUUAAAGACGCUCACUUGGUAUUCCUUUGUCGACAUCGUUCAUCCAACGAAGCGAAGGAUAGGGCAGAAAAACCCUUCGCGUUGUCAUAUUUGCGGCUAAUGCAACGCGAGGGUACCACUACACCAGAUACGCUACACAACCUGUGUGUUUAUAAGAUCGACGUGAAGCGACUGUCCGCCAUGCUGCAAGAUAAACAAAACAAGGUGGAUCAGAGCGAGAGAGGGGACGAGCGGCACGGCAAGCAGCAGAGCGACAGGCUGCAGAGGCAGUUGCAGCAGGAGCUGGAGGCGGAGGCGUCGGCGGCGUGCCUGGGCGUGCCCGCGCGCCGCGCCGAGCUGCCGGCCGGCGCCGAGCACGGCCUCACGCGCGGCCCGCUCUCGCUCGUGCACCGCGACUCGCUCUCCGUCGCCACCAAGCUCUGCUCCACCAAGCUCACGCAGAGGGAGGAAAUUCUUGGAGUACUCAAAUGGAGUACGCAUCACGCCGAAAAGACGCUGAGAAAAGCACUCACUCAGCUUAUGUACGUGCCCAGCGAUGAGCUGGUCAAGUUUCUGCAAGAUAUUCUGGACGCGCUAUUCAAUAUACUCACACAGGUAGAAGAGCCCAACGUAUCCCUAUGCGAAGAUAGUUACGAGGUACUAGUCUUCGACUGUCUCCUCCGAGUGAUAUCCCUAGUCACAGACCACAAAUACCAACAUUUCCAACCGGUUCUUCACGUUUACAUUGAUGAGAGCUUCUGUGACGCUAUCGCUUAUGAGAAGCUCAUCUCAGUGAUAGUGUGGGUCAUAUCCGAGGCAAAUUCAGGUGAACCUGCCCUUAAACGUCUACUGCUUUGCAUGAAAUGUAUCGAGAGCCUCACGAGAUUUAUUGUGCGGAGCCGACAGUUGAGAACCGCCUUGAAAACGGAAGCGAAAGAAAUCAACGAUUCCAGUGAUUUUAAUUCUCUGAUGGAGACGCUACUGAACGCUCUAGUUUGGCUAAUGCGGUGCGGCGAUCACGCUUUGACUUGUCAAGGGUCUGCGCUAAAAUAUCUUCCACACGCUGUGCCACAUACUAUCACAGUUUACUCUGACGCACAACUAAGUGCCUUCAUAGUACGCGCUUUCGAAGCAUUACCUCUCGGGCGUCUCAGCAAACAACGGAUGCACGCACUCUUGGAUCUUGUAAGAGGACCCCUGUGUGCUACCCACGGAGCGAGAUCCUUGUUACUGCCACAUCUGGCCACAACUACCAAAGCUUUGCUCCGAGAUAAGGCAGAGUGGGACCGUGAGGCCGCCCUCAAGUCGCGCUCCGUCGGCAAGGCGGCAAGGCUCCUCGGCGCUGACACAGCGAGGCUACACGACGACACGCAUCACCAACAGAUCGUGGAGCUUUGUGUGGAAACAUUGGGCGAAGUGAUGUCUCUUCUCGCUCGCGACGAUGUCGGCCCGGUCGAAGCCGAUAGGGGUGAUCUAGCGAAGAGACUGCUACCUACGGUAUUGAAGACUGCGGCUAGUAUGCUUCAGGAUCGAAAGAGCGAUAGAGACAGCAACACCGCGGAUAACGCUUUGUUGCGACGAAUAAUCUCCGUUCUCCUGGACAUGGUGCGGCAAAUGUCUGAUUAUCAGUAUUCAAUGGUAGUUCAGGCUCUCGAAGUUGAGAAUGCUGGCGGUCCGGGAAGCUUAGUGAACGAUGCCCUAUCGUUGUUUUUGGCUCUACUACAGCGGCCUGUGUUCAGACCCCAUUGGGCUGAUAUGUUGCAUCUGCAACAUUAUGUCAUGUUACAUGCUUUGCGAUUAUUAGCAAAAACGCUUCGCGAACGUCUCCUGUCUGUAGAUGACAGCGAAACUGACGCUGUAACAACAAUCCACUUGAUGUGUCGAACUUGGUUCGAAGCUGGCUCGGCACUAGCUACGUCACAGUCCCUUCAGUUGGAAACGUUACCAGCGGCGAGGAAGCAGCGACUCACUGCGCUUUAUGGAGAUAUAAGGAGAGGAGUCGCCGAUUGUCUGAGUGAAAUGUGGCACAGCUUAGGUUAUCACAAACGCUCGUUCAUUCCGUGUCUGGUGGGGCCGUUUCUUGAAGUAAGUUUCUUAUGUGACGAGGAGGUGCGAAACACUACAAUACCGCUGUUCUUCGACAUGAUGCAGACAGAAUACAGUCAUAGCGUUGUUCACGGUGACGUAGGCGACAGCCCGCUGAAGGAGCUGGAGAGCGAGAUGAUCGACAAGGUGGACGUGCUGGUGGAGCGCGGGUACGGCGACGCGGCGUGGCGCGCGCGCUUCGUGUCGCUGUGCGGCGCGCUGUGCGGCGCGGCGGGCGGCGCGCUGCGGGGCGCGGCGGCGGCGCUGGUGGCGGCGGCGGCGCGCCAGCUCGACGCGCUGCUGCAGUACCGCGCCGCCGCGCGCCGCUCCGCCACGCCGCACCGCAUGCACCUCACCACCUGCGUGCUGCACUUCUACCGCCAGAUCGAGCGCCCGCACAUGUACAUACGUUACGUGCACAAAUUAGCUCAAAUGCACAUCGCGGCCCAGCAGUGGGCAGAAGCAGGACUCUGCCUAGAGCUACAUGCGAAGUUACUAUCAUGGAGUCACGACCCUUUACCGCCUCGAUUACGUCACCCAAACUUAGAACAUGACGCUCAUACCGCUACUCAUCGAGAUUUGAAGCAACACCUUUACCUCGAAAUCGCCGAACUCUUGAAUCGCGGUCGCCAAUGGGAGUUAGCUGUUGAAAUUGUGAAGCAGCUUGUGGCCGUCUACGAAGAAGAGGCUUUAGGCUACGGUCCUUUGGCUGAGUUACACAAUCAACUGGCUACUUUGUAUGCGGCCAUGUUGCGAACGGCGAGGUCACAUCCUGGCUAUUUCAGAGUGAUAUACCAUGGAAAGGGCUUCCCGGAGUUGUUAACGAAGGCUACGUAUGGAUACAUCUAUCGGGGCAACGAAUAUGAACAGCUACACGACUUCAAAGACAGACUCCUCGACGAGUGGCCUGAAGCUGAAGUGUUACCAAAGCUCGACCCACCCGGCCCCGAGAUCACCGAGUCAGACGGACAAUAUUUACAAAUAAACGCCGUAGAGCCAGUGAUGGGGGACAAGCUGAAGCGUUUGUCCGGCAAGCCAAUAGCGGAGCAAAUACUGCAGUAUUAUAAACAUAAUAACGUCGACAAGUUCGAGUUCUCCAGGCCAUUCCAUAGAUACGAAGAGCCUCUGUCCGGAUCAACGGAUGAUCUCGUUAACCAAAAUGAAUUUGCUACCCGUUGGUUUUCCAGAACAGAACUCCAAAUCAGUGAAAAGUUGCCAGGUAUUCUCCGGUGGUCUGAAGUCUGUUCGCAGCGUACGUACGAAGUGUCGCCCGUAGCGGCCGCCGUAGAGGUGCUACGAGAUACCAAUAGAAAGCUACGCUCCCUUAUCGUCGAUGCCAAGUCGCCUGACUCACCGCUGCAUCCGCUCACCAUGAGGCUCACCGGUAUCCUGGACCCUGUGGUGCAGGGCGGGCUGGUGAACUACGAGAAGGCGUUCCUGACGCCGGCCUACGAGGCGCGCCACCCGGAGAACGCCGCGCUGCUCGCCGAGCUCAAGGACCUCAUCGCCGACCAGAUACCGCUGCUCAAGCACGGCUUGGACAUCCACGCUGUCCGCGCCCCGCCCGAAUUCGCCGAGCUGCACGCGCAUAUGGACAAAUGCUUCCGUCGAGUGCAACAGCACGUGCAUCAAAGAUAUGGACGAAAGAACUGUGACUUAGAUGAGUCCUCCGAGGUGCAGUUCCGUAUGCCGUUCCGAGCCAGUUUGGCGCAAGAGUCUGGGAGUGCGACCGAUAGUAAUAGGAUAUCAGACAUAUCCACGAACAAUGACCCAGUUGCAAAAGCAGGCAGGUUCUUCAGCUUUAACAGUGUCAGUGCCAUCAAUCCAUUGUCAAUCAGGAACAGUAGCACAAGCGUCGUCAACCGGUUUGCAACGCUUCAAAACUCACCUGGCAGAAGAAAUAAACGAAAUAAUAUGAGAAAGAGCGAAGUCGGUACGCCAGCGAGCGGCAGCCAAUGGUAUACGUCCCACUCCACGCCCAACGGGUCCGGCAAUAACACUCCUACCACCGUCAACAACAACAACUCGCCUUUCAACAACAACUCUGUCAACUCUAGUGAUACGCCUUCCUCUUCCCCUCUAAGGGAGUUAAGGCAAGAGUUGGUCACCGAACGACCUUUGCGAAGCGAUGCCGAACGCGAACGUCGACUAUCGCAACGGACAAGCUUGCUAAAUUCAUCCUCAGCCCCUCCCUCCAAUAGAGAUUCCUUUGGUACAACUGACUCUAAUCAAGACGACGAAGAACCUCCCCCACUUCCAAGAAAAUCCACCCACCGAAGCAUGGACUUAGACAGUGAUACGAACAACAAUGGUGAGUCAGCAACUCCGCUAGCUCCUCGGUACAACUACGACACAGUUUGGGCGCCGCGCGGAUCGUUUUUGUACAACUCGAUGGUACAAAAGAAAACUGCCACCAAUGACAAAGCUCCAACGCCACCACCGAAGAAGAGACACGCACAGUAA